AUGAACGCUAACAGAGUUUCGCGAUGGAGCCCUUUUCGUCGGCACGGAUUGGGUGGACAGACAGUGGAAGUGGAAGAGAGGGAUGAUGCAACUGCGAAUGUGAAUACGAUACCCAUGACUGGGAUGAAAACGAACUUGAAAUCGAAGGAACGGGAGACAAUAGUCGAGAGAGUUGAGAGUUGGCCAGAGGAAGCUCGACCGUUGAAGGCCCAAACCUGGUUGACUUGGCUGUAUGCAUUUGGGGACCUCUUGCUCGUACUACUACCCUUAUACUUUAUUCUUCUUGGUGUGGCUGUAGUCACCCUAAAUGGAAAGCCAACUCGAGGUUCGACAUUUGGAACCAAGGUAGAAACAGCUAUGGACCUUGGCCCUACAAUGUUUCCUAUUGUGUUUGCUGCCAUAACUGGGAGGAGCAUGAAGAUGAUCGCUCGGUUUCUUGCAGAAAGAGGCUCUAGAAUCAGCACGUUGGAGCUCCUCAUGGCAAGUCAGUCUGUUUGGGGUACUUUCGAAAGUCAACUGCUGAUGCAACGACUCACUGUUGUUGGCGUGAACCUCCUCUUCCUUUGGGCUCUUUCACCAUUGGGUGGUCAAGCUUCGCUUCGACUAAUGACAAGAGACAUGAAAGAUUCCUACACAUCUGGAAAACUUCGAUAUAUGACUACAGGGCCAGCAGCGACUAUGUGGGGUCUAUCUUCGACCUAUAUUGACAGUGGAAAAUUCGCCGACGCCGGGGCGCUCUACACUGCGGCGUUGAUGGCACCACUAUCAACAAAGCUGGGGACUCAGGAUCCCUGGGGCAACAUCAAGAUUCCAACUUUGGACUCAAUGAACUCAUCGGCGUUGGGUCCUGACGGUUGGUACAGUGUACCUACGGAUGCAUCGUUGCCAGAGGAUUAUUCUUCUUUAGUUGGUCUUCCUAUUGUUGGCCUUCCAUCCCGUGAGAGCUCAAACUUCAGUCUCCAGUACACUUAUCUUUCGUUAGAUUGUCAGCCCUGGAAGCAAGCACCUUAUCCUGGUCUGAGAGGUAGAGAUGACUACUUUACCACCAACUCCACCAGGCUAGAAGAAUUGGUGCCUGGUCAGGUGUGGGAUGACAAAGAGACGUACAAUCCUUUUGGUAACGCUAGCGCCCAAGAUCGCAACUCUUUCUUCAUGGAUACAACCCGUAGUUAUCCAGGGGGCGUUAAAGAAGGAAAUGAUGGUGAUCUUUAUAUGGGUCGGCUGAACGGGUUCUUCGGCAAUUACAACAGCUCUCUCAUGCCGGAAAAGGAACUCACCACCAACCGAGACCUUUUGUUCGUUUCGCAGUACGCAACAGAACAUGACGGAAAUGGAAUCGGGUUGAACAUCGCGACAUGUUCAUUGUCACAAGUCCAUGUAGAAGCACUUGCACAAUGCAAAGGAAGCACUUGUGCUACGACCAAGCUCCGAAAUUCUCUGGAAGACAACCGAUCCACAGCACUCACCGGACUUGAACACGGUACGAUCAUGUUCGGAUUUGCGAAACAGUUUCCUCGUGCAGUAAAAUUCACAGCUGGAUCGAGCCCCACCGAACGCUUCUUGGCCAACACCUCGGUCUUCCCUUUCGUGCAACAAGUUGGAAACUUACCUUCCGAUGUCAUGUUCACGAAUCUUUCACUGGUGUCCCCCGAGGUAUUUUCCAAAAGACUAAGUCUGGCACUAAACACUUUCUAUCAGUUGAGUAUACAGCCGACAGGUUACUUUGGCAGCUUGUCGAAGAACCUAUCGCUUUAUGGGCCAGACACAAGCACAUUCGACGACAUCAACGCCUACCUUCCGAAGAAUUUAACGGCUACGGAUCAUGCCUUCUCCGAGUGGUGGACAACAUUCGAUGAAGCAGUGCAGGACAUCAAGUCACCAUUCAUUGGAGCGACAACAACGGCCGACAUCACCGCAACAGAACAAAUAUUUGUGUGCAACUUUGCCUGGCUUGCACUUCUGCUUGCCGCGUCCACCAUUACCCUUGUGACAGGCAGUGUAGCGUUGUUCUUGAAACGCAAAACAUUAGGACCAGAGCUUUUCGGAUUCGUCACCAGCAUGACCUACGAAAACCCUUGGGUUAAGGUACCCGACGGAGGUACUAUGCUUGAUGCUAUGGAAAGAGCGAGACUUCUGAAAGACGUUGAGGUAUGUGUUGCCGAUGUGCGUGGCAAUGAUGACAUCGGUCACAUCGCGUUCGCUGCUGGUGUUCCCUUACGAAAACUAGAGAGAGGACGACUUUACUGCUGA